GGUAUAGUUUGCCUGGAAAGGGUAUUCCCAGUUUCGCGACCAUAGUCACCUAGUUUUUGCCGACCUCUCGGGUUAACCGCGCCUCCGAAUCAGACUCAUUCACUUAGGUAGACGAUCGCUGCUGAUAGCCAGCCAGCCGGCAGUCGCCUCCGAACUGCUCGCCGAGAUGCAUUGGAUCCCCGUUCCGACCGUCAGCUCGGAGUUCCCUCGAUCCAAGUACCAGCCCACUGUCACCUUCACCGAGGAGCAGACCGCAUCAGGGCAGGAUCAGGGGGAGCAGCGCAUCGGACCACUGGUGGCCAAUAAAACGGCCCAGCGGCAGUUCUUCUACGGCAUCGAGAUUUUGGCCACCAGCGCCAGCGGUAAGCCCAUUGCCCUGGACUUCAACAACUUCCUGCCGGUGCUGCCAUCCUUCGUCAGCGUCGUCUGGCUGGGCAGGCGCUAUUGGAACGUGGAGCCGGUGAAGCAGGUUGAGAGCCUACAGCUGGCCGAGAUCCUCGCCCCCCGGAUACCCGUCUUGCCACACAUCUCCGCCUAUAGGCUGACCAAGAAGCGACUGGACGACUUCCUCAACCUGAACUUUAAAAGCUGUCUGGCCGUCAGAGGGGAUCUGGUCCAUCCGGGCCAGGACUUUCCCAUCACCCAGCCCAUUAUCGAACUAUCGCACUACAAGAAAGGAAAAAACUUCUCCAUUUGCGUGGCGGGUUAUCCUGAGGGAUAUACUAGCCUUGGUGGCGGUCCCCAAGAUGGAAGAAAAAAUAUACAACACCUCAAAGAAAAGGUGGAGGCUGGAGCCGAUUGCAUCUUCACCCAACUGUGCUAUCAACCAGAGCCUAUCGUGAGAUUUAUUAAGGCCUGUCGGGAGGCGGGUAUUAAGGUGCCCAUUGUGGUCGGUCUGAUGGUCCACGAGUCCAUACGCACCUACGAUGCGAUACAAGACAUGUCCGGAGUCCAUAUGCCGGAAGAUUUGCGGGAGGAGCUCGAAGAGCUGCGGAUGAAUCGCGGAGGUUCUCCGGACUCGGAUGCGAUAUCCAAGUUCUUUAUCAAACUAACGGUUAACAUAGUACGUCAUAUUCUGGAAGCCGAUAUCGGGAUUUGGGGAUUUCAGUUCUAUACCAUGAAUAGCUUUCCACCUGUGUACGCGGCACUUCGAGAGUUUCAAAAAAUGGGAUUUUUCUAAAAAUUAAUUUUAAAAUGUCUUCAAAAUUUUCAGUUUAAUAAAUAAUAUUUUUUUAUAUUUUGUACAAAGUUAGGCUUAUAUUCCUGCCCAAUCAA